UUUAGAAAAAGUGCUGACUGAUAAUUUUUGUGUGAUAAAUUUCUGAAUGCUCAUUGUUUAAUUGUAUUGAAAAUUUUUUUAUAUACUUUUACUAGUUAAUACUUUAUCAAUUAUUCGUAAUUUAUAAAUAUUAAAAUAUUUGUGUGUAAAAAAUGCCUAAACAUUCAGUGAAAGUUAAAUGGGGAAAAGAAUUAUAUCCUGAUGUAGAAGUCGAUACUGAUGAAGCACCUUUACUGUUUAAGGCGCAAUUGUUUGCGCUUACUGGAGUACAACCAGAAAGGCAAAAAGUGAUGGUUAAGGGUGCGACUAUAAAGGAUACAGAUUGGGGUAAUAUUAAAUUAAAAGAUGGCGUUAUGGUUUUAUUAAUGGGCAGUAAGGAGGAUGUCCCUGUUGAACCUGUUGAAAAGACUGUGUUUGUUGAAGAUAUGAAUGAAAGCGAAAUUGCCACGGCUUUAGAUUUACCAUCUGGUUUAACAAAUUUGGGAAACACUUGUUACAUGAAUGCGACAAUCCAAUGUUUAAAAACGGUACCAGAAUUGAGAGAAGCUCUUAAAACUUAUGAUGGAUUAUUAUCCAUAGAUGAAGGGAGCAUAGUGCCUGCUCAAUCGAUAACUGCUGCAAUUAGGGACUUAUUCAAUACUAUGGAUCAUAGUUCGACAGUACCUCCAAUAUUUUUGUUACAAGUGCUACAUAUAGCAUUUCCACGAUUUGCAGAGAAAUCAGAACAUGGUGGUUUUUGUCAACAGGAUGCUAAUGAAUGUUGGACAGAAAUUGUACGAAUGCUUCAACAAAAACUCCCUGCUAAAAAAGGCAGUGGAGCUGCAAAUUUUAAAUCGUUAGUGGAUCAAUAUUUUGGUGGGAAAUUUGAUGUAGAAUUAAAAUGUGUUGAAUGUGAAGAUGAACCUCCAACAAAAACUACAGAGGAUUUCUUACAAUUGAGUUGUUUCAUAUCACAAGAUGUGAAAUAUAUGCAUUCGGGGCUAAAAAGUAAAAUGCAAGAGCAAAUUACGAAAAUGUCGCAAACAUUACAAAGAGAUGCUGUGUAUACAAAAACUUGUAAAAUUAAACGCUUACCUGCAUAUUUAACAGUGCAAUUUGUUAGAUUUUAUUAUAAAGAAAAGGGUUCGAUAAAUGCGAAAAUAUUGAAAGAUGUUAAGUUUCCAUUAGAUUUUGAUGCGUUCGAUUUGUGUUCACCAGAAUUACAAGAAAAACUAACACCAAUGCGUAGUAAAUUCAAGGAAAUCGAAGAUGCAACUGUUGAAAACGCUUCAAAAGGAAAAGAAAUUGUUAAGAAGGAUGAAAAGAAAAAAGUAAAAAAAUUCCCAUUUUCAUUUGAUGAUGAUUUAGGAAGUAAUAAUAGUGGCUAUUACACACUACAGGCUGUUUUAACGCAUAAAGGUAGAUCAAGUUCUAGUGGACAUUACGUUGGUUGGGUACGACAAACGGCUACAUCUGAUGUCUGGUUAAAAUGCGAUGAUGAUGUUGUAUCACCUGUCACAACUGAUGAUGUUCUUAAAUUAUCUGGUGGAGGUGACUGGCACUGCGCUUACGUACUUUUAUAUGGACCACGCGUUUUGGAAAUCCCAUUAGAAGAUGAAAAAAUGGAAACUGAUCAAAGCACAUCUGCAUGAAAAAAUAUUCAUUAGAUUUAUGUAAUUUAAUGCAAUGAAAAUUUAUAUUUA